AUGUUGUUCUUCAGCUUCUUCAAAACCCUCACAAACCACGUCGUCACAGUCGAGCUCAAAAACGAUAUUCGUAUCCGCGGCACGCUGAAAUCGGUCGAUCAAUACCUCAACAUCAAGCUUGACGAUGUGGACGUACUUGAUCUGGACAAAUACCCGCAUUUGUCGUCGGUGAAGAAUAUGUUUAUCCGUGGCAGUGUGGUCAGAUAUGUCGUUUUGCCACAGGCAGAAGUGGACCGGGGUUUGUUGGAGGAUGCUACAAGGAGAGAGGCCGCAAACCAAGCUAGCAAAGCUCGAUGA